GAAAAUGAAAACGUAAAAGAUGACAAAAAGAAAAGCAAAGCAAGACGUAAAGCACUGGGACUGGCGUACACAAUCGAUGAAAACCCCCCCUGGUAUAUCUGCUUAACUCUUGGAUUCCAGCAUUAUUUGAUGAUGAUAGGAGGGACCAUAUCAAUCCCCAUGAUCCUUAGCGGCCCGAUGUGUUUUGCUGACAAGCCGUUGGUUAUAGCAGAAGUCCUAAACACUGUAUUAUUCUGCUCAGGAAUUGUAACUCUCCUGCAGACUACAUUUGGAGUCAGAUUGCCUAUAUUGCAAGGUGGAACGUUUGCGUUCAUGGCUCCCACUUUUGCGAUUCUUUCUCUUCCAAAGUUCCAAUGUCCGGUUUCAGGAAUUACUAACUCCACCAAUAAUGUCAGCUCAACUCCRCAUGAUGAUGGCGAGAUCUGGAAAAUAAGAAUGAGAGAGGUUCAAGGCGCUAUUUUAACAUCUUCUUUUAUCCAAAUAUUUAUCGGUUUUUCUGGUUUGAUUGGAUUCUUGCUUCGUUUCAUUGGACCUAUUACCGUGGCUCCCACAAUUACUCUCAUUGGCUUGGCGCUCUUCCACGUGGCGGCAGACCAUGCAGGAAACCAUUGGGGGAUUUCUUUUUUGACGAUUGCUUUGAUUGCACU